AUGAAAUGUAUCUGUUAAAUUAUUAUUUAAUAGAAAAAACUAAGAAGAAAAAAAAUAUUUAAUUUGAGGAUGAGAAAAAGUAACUUAAAAUGAAAUUACCUAGAAGAAUGGAUGGAUUAGAUAUUUUAAUUGAUUGA